AUGAGAGAGGAGGAGCAGUGUGGUGAUGAGCACCCUGAGGGAGGGGUGCUUUCCAGCGAGGAGAACUCCGGAAGACCACCUUCCAACGCCUGUCCCGUUGUCGUGGCAACGCCGGGGGUUGCCGGGCGUAAGCGGCAGACGGGCUUGAACCCGGAGGAUCACGUUACGACGUCGACAUCGCCAAAGAUGAAGCCGGGAGAGGACGUCCAGAUCUACACGCUGCCCAAAAGACUCAAGAGGAGUCCCCAACCCCAACCCAGGCCUCCUUCCUCGGACCCGUCCCUUUCUCCGGGUCCCGGUCCGAGUCCCGGGUCGCUUUCGGCGCUCGAGGACCCGCACGGCCAACGGGUGAUCGCCAACAUCAGAGAGCGCCAACGGACUCAGUCCUUAAACGAAGCCUUCGCCUCGUUGCGUAAGAUCAUCCCGACGCUUCCCUCGGACAAACUGAGCAAGAUCCAGACGCUCAAGUUGGCGUCACGCUACAUCGACUUCCUGUAUCAAGUUCUGCAGAACGACGAGAUGGACACGAAGCAGGCGGGGUGCAACUACCUGGCCCACGAGAGGCUCAGCUACGCCUUCUCCGUGUGGAGGAUGGAGGGCGCCUGGUCCACCAUGUCUGCUGCUGGGCACUAGUCCCGGUUUUUGGGUUUUUCUUUGCAAGGGAAAUAUCCCGAGGAGACGUCUGGACGUGUCUCGAUGGAACGAUUAUCUCGCACUUGAGCAUUUUGGACGGACAAAGCCACUAAACCUUCAUUGGGUUUUCAUCGUUGUCUACAUUAUUAGAUGCAUUCUUGUCAUUUUGCAGCUAUUUUACUGCUCAAAUGUGCCAAGAACAGAAGCACAACAGGAACUGUGUUUAAUUCCGAGCUUUUUAAAGUACUUUGUUUACAUUGAUUACCAAUGGAGGACCGGACAGGUAAGAGAUUAAACCAUCUGGACGCCAUUAAACCGCCAAUAAAGUCAACAACCUGGUGGUUAAGGACAGCCUUUCUGCAGGAGAACCUCUGACCCCUCCACUUCCUCAGAUUGAAGCUCACCUUUUUUAUUUUAUGCCGACUUUGAGCCACAUUUGAACUCCAUUUUUAUAUUUUUUAUUUAACUUUAUUUCCGCCUCGGGGCAAGCAAGUGUAUAAAGUUUUGUAUAAUAUAUAAAGAGCAAUAACUAGAGAAUGCAGAGGAGGAAUUUGACAAAAUUGGAUGUUUCAAGAGAGAUUGGACCUUUUGACUUUUUGUACCUACUUUUCCAAAGACAUAUCAUGGUUUCCUGACCACCUCUGAACCCAAAACGACGACGGUGGAAAAAGUAGUCAGCCGUCGUCCCGACUUAAGUUUCUCCUCUCUGUACCCAAACCAAGCCCCUUUGUU